UGGGAUAGACCGGUGGUGGAGGAUCGGCAGACGCUGGAGGGGUGUAGCGUGACGUCGAUUGAUGCGAUUAUCGAGCGGGCAAUGGCUUCGCAGCAUGUGGCUGUGGAGUCAGUGCCCCAAGGGGAGGAAAGUGGAGCUAAGGAGGAGCCAGCAGCUGUAACGAGCAAGGUGGAAUUUAAGGAGAAG